AUGGCAGAAGUUAAGCUGCUUGGAACUUGGCUAAGCCCAUAUACCUACAAAGUCAUAUGGGCUCUCAAACUGAAGGGAAUAGAAUAUGAAUACAUAGAAGAAGAUCUCUCAAACAAGAGUGAUUUGCUUUUGCAGUACAACCCAGUUCACAAGAAGAUCCCUGUUCUUGUUCAUGAUGGAAAACCAAUAGCAGAGUCUUUUGUCAUCCUUGAAUACAUCGAAGAGACAUGGCCAGAGAACCCCCUGCUUCCAACUGAUCCUUAUGAGAAAGCCAUUGCUCGAUUUUGGGCGAAAUUCGCCGAUGAUAAGGUAAGUAACCAAGCAUGGAAUUUCUUUAGUACUUCAGGUGAAGAACAUGUUGUAGCCACUAAAGAGAGCUUGGAAAUGUUGAGAACUAUUGAAGAGCAGGGCCUUAUUGGAGACAAGAAAUAUUUUGGUGGAGAAAGGAUUGGAUAUGCGGAUGGAAGAUCUUCAGGCAGCUUAUCAUCCAGAGUUUUCUCCGCCUCGAGUGCGUUUCCCCCAAAUUGUAUCUUUGCUUAUACUGAUGGUGCAUGGACUGGUGCCACACACAAAGGUGGGAUGGUUGUUCUCUUUAAGGAUGGCACUGGAUCGUUCAUUGCUACCAAUAUAAAGGUCAGUUUUGGAUUUUAUGCGUCUUCUGUGGAAGCUGAAGCAAUUCGAGAUGUGGUGCUCUUGGCUUGGAGUUUUCGGAUCAAAACCCUAUGUUAUAUCUUCUGCUUGCCUACCUAUGAUCAUGACUCUUAA